AUGACUGUGGGGGCCAGGCUGGGUGGGAGGGUGAAAGCCAAAUUCUCCCCCUCGGGGCCUGGUGAGGACAAGAUCUCCAUCCUGGAGAGUCAACAGCAGGAGGAGGAGAGCCUGGGAGCCCCGGGGAGCCAGGCAGAGGAGACCUGCCGCUCCAAGAAAGUGCACUUCGCCUUCCUCCCGGACAACUACGAGCCGCUGCGGCAGGAGGGCUCGGCAGGCAGGAGCAAGUGCAAGAGGAAGCUGAGGAAGUACAGCAAGAAUGUUGGCAAAGCUCUCCAGAAAGGAUGUCGCUACUUCGUGAUUGGCCUGCAAGGAUUAGCAACUGCAUAUGCAGCACCCUUUGGAGUAGCAGCAUCAGUAGCCUCCUUGGUCCGCUAG